CACUGGACACACACACUGGACACACACACAUUGGACACACACACACAUACGUGUUUAUAUCACCUAGUGGGGACACCUGUUCUCACACCACAUUCUGGGGACUCGACUUUCCUGACAACCUGGAGACAAAACUAAAACAUAUAAAAAUCUAGAAAAUAAUCUAUAAUAAAUACACCCCUUCAAAUGUAAUUGAUUCAUUGAUAUAAGGGUAGAUGACAUUGUGGGGACUGGGAAGGUGAACAAUGUGGGGACCCAAGAGGAAACUCCUUAUUUGGCGUCAACAGGAAAUCCCAUCUGGGGACCAAGUUCCGACCAACUAGUACCAUUUUGGGACAAUAGUGUCGGCUGUUGUUUAGGGCACAAGGGGAAGAUAGAUUCUAAUCUAGAUCAGUUUGAAUGGCCUUUCAGCAUAUCAGAACCACUAGAGAAUGUUGCUGGGUGUUUCUCUUUAGCAUAUCAGAACCCACUAGAGAAUGUUGCCAGGUGUUCUCUUUAGCAUAUCAGAACCCACUAGAGAAUGUUGCCAGGUGUUCUCUUUAGCAUAUCAGAACCACUAGAGAAUGUUGCCAGGUGUUCUCUUUAGCUUAUCAGAACCACUAGAGAAUGUUGCCAGGUGUUCUCUUUAGCAUAUCAGAACCACUAGAGAAUGUUGCCAGGUGUUUCUCUUUAGCAUAUCAGAACCACUAGAGAAUGUUGCUGGGUGUUUCUCUUUAGCAUAUCAGAACCACUAGAGAAUGUUGCUGGGUGUUUCUCUUUAGCAUAUCAGAACCACUAGAGAAUGUUGCCAGGUGUUUCUCUUUAGCAUAUCAGAACCACUAGAGAAUGUUGCCAGGUGUUUCUCUUUAGCAUAUCAGAACCACUAGAGAAUGUUGCCAGGUGUUCUCUUUAGCAUAUCAGAACCACUAGAGAAUGUUGCCAGGUGUUCUCUUUAGCAUAUCAGAACCCACUAGAGAAUGUUGCCAGGUGUUCUCUUUAGCAUAUCAGAACCACUAGAGAAUGUUGCCAGGUGUUCUCUUUAGCAUAUCAGAACCACUAGAGAAUGUUGCCAGGUGUUCUCUUUAGCAUAUCAGAACCCACUAGAGAAUGUUGCCAGGUGUUCUCUUUAGCAUAUCAGAACCACUAGAGAAUGUUGCCAGGUGUUCUCUUUAGCAUAUCAGAACCACUAGAGAAUGUUGCCAGGUGUUCUCUUUAGCAUAUCAGAACCACUAGAGAAUGUUGCUGGGUGUUUCUCUUUAGCAUAUCAGAACCACUAGAGAAUGUUGCCAGGUGUUUCUCUUUAGCAUAUCAGAACCACUAGAGAAUGUUGCCAGGUGUUCUCUUUAGCAUAUCAGAACCACUAGAGAAUGUUGCCAGGUGUUUCUCUUUAGCAUAUCAGAACCACUAGAGAAUGUUGCCAGGUGUUUCUCUUUAGCAUAUCAGAACCCACUAGAGAAUGUUGCCAGGUGUUCUCUUUAGCAUAUCAGAACCACUAGAGAAUGUUGCCAGGUGUUCUCUUUAGCAUAUCAGAACCACUAGAGAAUGUUGCCAGGUGUUUCUCUUUAGCAUAUCAGAACCACUAGAGAAUGUUGCCAGGUGUUUCUCUUUAGCAUAUCAGAACCACUAGAGAAUGUUGCCAGGUGUUCUCUUUAGCAUAUCAGAACCACUAGAGAAUGUUGCCAGGUGUUCUCUUUAGCAUAUCAGAACCCACUAGAGAAUGUUGCCAGGUGUUCUCUUUAGCAUAUCAGAACCACUAGAGAAUGUUGCCAGGUGUUCUCUUUAGCAUAUCAGAACCACUAGAGAAUGUUGCCAGGUGUUUCUCUUUAGCAUAUCAGAACCACUAGAGAAUGUUGCUGGGUGUUUCUCUUUAGCAUAUCAGAACCACUAGAGAAUGUUGCCAGGUGUUCUCUUUAGCAUAUCAGAACCACUAGAGAAUGUUGCCAGGUGUUUCUCUUUAGCAUAUCAGAACCACUAGAGAAUGUUGCUGGGUGUUUCUCUUUAGCAUAUCAGAACCACUAGAGAAUGUUGCUGGGUGUUUCUCUUUAGCAUAUCAGAACCACUAGAGAAUGUUGCCAGGUGUUCUCUUUAGCAUAUCAGAACCCACUAGAGAAUGUUGCCAGGUGUUCUCUUUAGCAUAUCAGAACCCACUAGAGAAUGUUGCCAGGUGUUCUCUUUAGCAUAUCAGAACCACUAGAGAAUGUUGCCAGGUGUUCUCUUUAGCAUAUCAGAACCACUAGAGAAUGUUGCCAGGUGUUUCUCUUUAGCAUAUCAGAACCACUAGAGAAUGUUGCCAGGUGUUCUCUUUAGCAUAUCAGAACCACUAGAGAAUGUUGCCAGGUGUUCUCUUUAGCAUAUCAGAACCACUAGAGAAUGUUGCUGGGUGUUUCUCUUUAGCAUAUCAGAACCACUAGAGAAUGUUGCUGGGUGUUUCUCUUUAGCAUAUCAGAACCACUAGAGAAUGUUGCCAGGUGUUUCUCUUUAGCAUAUCAGAACCACUAGAGAAUGUUGCCAGGUGUUCUCUUUAGCAUAUCAGAACCACUAGAGAAUGUUGCCAGGUGUUUCUCUUUAGCAUAUCAGAACCACUAGAGAAUGUUGCCGGGUGUUUCUCUUUAGCAUAUCAGAACCACUAGAGAAUGUUGCCAGGUGUUCUCUUUAGCAUAUCAGAACCACUAGAGAAUGUUGCCAGGUGUUCUCUUUAGCAUAUCAGAACCCACUAGAGAAUGUUGCCAGGUGUUCUCUUUAGCAUAUCAGAACCACUAGAGAAUGUUGCCAGGUGUUCUCUUUAGCAUAUCAGAACCCACUAGAGAAUGUUGCCAGGUGUUCUCUUUAGCAUAUCAGAACCACUAGAGAAUGUUGCCAGGUGUUCUCUUUAGCAUAUCAGAACCCACUAGAGAAUGUUGCCAGGUGUUUCUCUUUAGCAUAUCAGAACCCACUAGAGAAUGUUGCCAGGUGUUUCUCUUUAGCAUAUCAGAACCACUAGAGAAUGUUGCCAGGUGUUCUCUUUAGCAUAUCAGAACCACUAGAGAAUGUUGCUGGGUGUUCUCUUUAGCAUAUCAGAACCCACUACAGAAUGUUGCCAGGUGUUCUCUUUAGCAUAUCAGAACCCACUAGAGAAUGUUGCCAGGUGUUCUCUUUAGCAUAUCAGAACCACUAGAGAAUGUUGCCAGGUGUUCUCUUUAGCAUAUCAGAACCACUAGAGAAUGUUGCCAGGUGUUUCUCUUUAGCAUAUCAGAACCACUAGAGAAUGUUGCCAGGUGUUCUCUUUAGCAUAUCAGAACCACUAGAGAAUGUUGCCAGGUGUUCUCUUUAGCAUAUCAGAACCACUAGAGAAUGUUGCCAGGUGUUUCUCUUUAGCAUAUCAGAACCACUAGAGAAUGUUGCCAGGUGUUCUCUUUAGCAUAUCAGAACCACUAGAGAAUGUUGCCAGGUGUUUCUCUUUAGCAUAUCAGAACCACUAGAGAAUGUUGCCAGGUGUUCUCUUUAGCAUAUCAGAACCACUAGAGAAUGUUGCCAGGUGUUCUCUUUAGCAUAUCAGAACCACUAGAGAAUGUUGCCAGGUCUUCUCUUUAGCAUAUCAGAACCCACCUUCCGGUUACUAGUCCAACGCUCUAACCACUAGGCUACCCUGCCGCCAGGGAGAGUGUGAUGUCAUAUCGGUGACAUAUCGGUGACUGAAGAGUCAUUCUCCCAACACGUUUAGAAAAAGAGGGAAUAUGAGCAACUGUAAGCACACAGAUGAUGUUGGCAGGUGUUCCAUAGGGAUUAUCCCUUUACAAUACUAGUUGUUUGCUCUGAGUCUCGCCGCUCUCGAGUAGCACCUACUGAAGAAUAGAGUUUAAAUAUGUGGCUUGGCAGGAAGUGUUAACCCCUCCAAUUCCCAGACCACAGGAUACACACAAGGACUAAUAUGUCCAUACUAACCAUUUUGGUGUUAGUCAGCAAUCUGGUGUUAAACUAUGUUGACAUGAAAAAGUGCUGGAAAAGCAUGCAGACAUUUCGGAAUAGCAGAGACUAAAGAGACAAGUGGAGACAGGAACACCAAAUCAGUCCAUUUAUCUGGGCAGGUUUCUAACCUGAUCUUCCUGCCACUGCCUUCCGUAUCAUCACUGGUAUGCUAUGAUGCUUGCAUAUACAGGAUCUAUUAAACUGUCUACUCAUAUGUCGUACCUGCAGAACCGUUGUCUGUGUUGUCUGUUGUGUUGUUCUCCACUACCUACAGAACCGUUGUCUGUGUUGUCUGUUGUGUUGUUCUCCACUACCUACAGAACCGUUGUCUGUGUUGUCUGUUGUGUUGUUCUCCACUACCUGCAGAACCGUUGUCUGUUGUCUGUUGUGUUGUUCUCCACUACCUGCAGAACCGUUGUCUGUUGUCUGUUGUGUUGUUCUCCACUACCUACAGAACCGUUGUCUGUGUUGUCUGUUGUGUUGUUCUCCACUACCUACAGAACCGUUGUCUGUGUUGUCUGUUGUGUUGUUCUCCACUACCUACAGAACCGUUGUCUGUGUUGUCUGUUGUGUUGUUCUCCACUACCUACAGAACCGUUGUCUGUGUUGUCUGUUGUGUUGUUCUCCACUACCUACAGAACCGUUGUCUGUGUUGUCUGUUGUGUUGUUCUCCACUACCUGCAGAACCGUUGUCUGUUGUCUGUUGUGUUGUUCUCCACUACCUACAGAACCGUUGUCUGUUGUCUGUUGUGUUGUUCUCCACUACCUGCAGAACCGUUGUCUGUGUUGUCUGUUGUGUUGUUCUCCACUACCUGCAGAACCGUUGUCUGUGUUGUCUGUUGUGUUGUUCUCCACUACCUACAGAACCGUUGUCUGUGUUGUCUGUUGUGUUGUUCUCCACUACCUGCAGAACCGUUGUCUGUUGUCUGUUGUGUUGUUCUCCACUACCUGCAGAACCGUUGUCUGUGUUGUCUGUUGUGUUGUUCUCCACUACCUACAGAACCGUUGUCUGUGUUGUCUGUUGUGUUGUUCUCCACUACCUGCAGAACCGUCUGUGUUGUCUGUUGUGUUGUUCUCCACUACCUACAGAACCGUUGUCUGUGUUGUCUGUUGUGUUGUUCUCCACUACCUGCAGAACCGUCUGUGUUGUCUGUUGUGUUGUUCUCCACUACCUACAGAACCGUUGUCUGUGUUGUCUGUUGUGUUGUUCUCCACUACCUGCAGAACCGUUGUCUGUUGUCUGUUGUGUUGUUCUCCUGAAGUCCCUGAAACACAUGUCCAUACAUGUUCUAUACAUGUGCUUUUGUUGCUAAACUCAAUUCAUGUGUAAUAACUGGAUACUAAACUAAAGUCAUGUGUUAUAACUGGAUACUAAACUAAAGUCAUGUGUAAUAACUGGAUACUAAACUAAAGUCAUGUGUUAUAACUGGAUACUAAACUCAAGUCAUGUGUUAUAACUGGAUACUAAACUCAAGUCAUGUGUUAUAACUGGAUACUAAACUAAAGUCAUGUGUUAUAACUGGAUACUAAACUAAAGUCAUGUGUUAUAACUGGAUACUAAACUAAAGUCAUGUGUUAUAACUGGAUACUAAACUCAAUUCAUGUGUUAUAACUGGAUACUAAACUAAAGUCAUGUGUUAUAACUGGAUACUAAACUAAAGUCAUGUGUUAUAACUGGAUACUAAACUAAAGUCAUGUGUUAUAACUGGAUACUAAACUAAAGUCAUGUGUUAUAACUGGAUACUAAACUAAAGUCAUGUGUUAUAACUGGAUACUAAACUAAAGUCAUGUGUUAUAACUGGAUACUAAACUAAAGUCAUGUGUUAUAACUGGACACUAAACUAAAGUCAUGUGUUAUAACUGCACACUAAACUAAAGUCAUGUGUUAUAACUGGACACUAAACUAAAGUCAUGUGUUAUAACUGGAUACUAAACUAAAGUCAUGUGUUAUAACUGGAUACUAAACUAAAGUCAUGUGUUAUAACUGGAUACUAAACUAAAGUCAUGUGUUAUAACUGGAUACUAAACUAAAGUCAUGUGUUAUAACUGGAUACUAAACUAAAGUCAUGUGUUAUAACUGGAUACUAAACUAAAGUCAUGUGUUAUAACUGGAUACUAAACUAAAGUCAUGUGUUAUAACUGGAUACUAAACUAAAGUCAUGUGUUAUAACUGGAUACAAACUAAAGUCAUGUGUUAUAACUGGAUACUAAACUAAAGUCAUGUGUUAUAACUGGAUACUAAACUAAAGGCAUGUGUUAUAACUGGAUACUAAACUAAAGUCAUGUGUUAUAACUGGAUACUAAACUAAAGUCAUGUGUUAUAACUGGAUACUAAACUAAAGUCAUGUGUUAUAACUGGAUACUAAACUAAAGUCAUGUGUUAUAACUGGAUACUAAACUAAAGUCAUGUGUUAUAACUGGAUACUAAACUAAAGUCAUGUGUUAUAACUGGAUACUAAACUAAAGUCAUGUGUUAUAACUGGAUACUAAACUAAAGGCAUGUGUUAUAACUGGAUACUAAAUUAUUUUUACAUUUUAGUAGAUACUCUUAUCCAGAGCAAAUAGGAUUCAGUGUUUUGCUCAAGGAACAAACACAUCAAUAAGAUGUAUCUGGGCAGGUUUCUUUACUGAUCUUCCUGCCAUGGCCUCCCGUAUCAUCUCUGGUGAGGGAAAUACAUUUAUACCACAUUCCACUGGUCUCUACUGAAAUCCUACGACAUGCUGUUUGCAUAUAUAGUUUCUAUUAAACUGUUUGCUCAAAAUGUGUUUGUGUUAAUUAACAUGUUAUGGCUGAAAAUGUCAAUUAAACAGGUUCCUAAAUCA